AUGUUUUUUUUUCUACAACUAACAUUAAUUACACUGCUGCUUGGCACUUCCAAAGCCCAGGGUCCAACAAACUGUGUGACUCAGUGCUCUGAAAAUGGCCAUUACCCUGCCUGUGGAGCAUGGUUAGUAAGUGAUAAUUCGAAGGAAGUUCAAGGAACCUAUCGACUAAAAGAAGGAUAUCUGAACCUUACUUGUGUCAUCAAGUCGUUACCAACGUCAGUGGACAUCACCUGGUCUUAUCGACCAGAAUUCAGCACUAAGUGGGAACCAGUUGCUUGCGCUUCGCUGCACAAUCAACAAGACUGUCGUGUAAGGUUGAACAGUAGUGAUACAGCAUUGUAUCAAGUGUCUCGAUCAACGUGUAUGCUAAAGACAGAUCAGUUGACAAAAACUGGCUAUUACAGAUGCCAGACUUUGAACAAGUCAUCACAGAAGAAGAACUUUGUACUAAGAAUUCUCUGUUUUAUAAGUUCAGAAACUCCAAUAACAGUCGUUGGAAUCGAGUUUGUAGAUACGGUUAGCAGUGAUCUCCCAUUCGACAAGGCCGGUCAUGUUGAAGUGCAGUUCUGUGGUAACCCGAAGCCAGAAAUUGUUUGGCUAACUCGAGGUGCAGUAAUGCAACCAGGUCACAGCACCCAUAGAAUGACCUCAUUGAAAACUCUGCAACAUAAAAAAUGGGAAUCAAAACAUUUGCAAGGACCUGCCUACGUUGUACCUUACUGUUACCGUACACGUCUAGUUAUUGGUAAAGUUGAAAAAAAUGAUGGAAACAUUUCUGUUGUGAUUCGAAAUGAAGGAGAGACUAAAGUAGUUCCGAUGGAUCUGCAAGUUACUAAUCUUCCUAGUUCAGCUUCGCAAUGGCCAAUUUCAAGGCAGUUUUGGAUUAUCACUUUCUUUUCUUUACUACAUAGUGUCGCUAAAGAAAUGCUGCUAAGCUGA